AUUGAGGGUGCCCUGAAAGCCCUGUCCAAAAAGGGACAGCUCAAUAUACACAGUGGGUUAGUAAGCUGUGGAGGGAAAUUGCAAAACUGAAGAGUUCUGGAGCUAGAAGAUUCCUAAAUCCUUGUAGAACACAUCUAGAGCAUUACAACUAUGCUUUGAUUAUAUAUAACGAUGCAAGGAUGUGUGAUGCCCUGGAUUAUCUUGAUGCAGAGAUGAAUCGUUGGAAGGAAAGUGCCAUAAUGGAUGAAAAUGAAUCGAUUCUCCAUGGAGCCUUCAAAAUGGUCAUCACUUAAGUCCAUUGCAGUUGAAAUGAUAAUGUAAACUGGAAGAAAUUCUAUCAAUAGCCCUACUUCAACAAUUAAGAAAUGCCAGGUUUCGAGAAUGUCCAAAUCCAAAGCUAGAUAAGUUAUGUGAGAUGAUUAUAAAGGCAUAUGAGGGUAACUUUGAAAACUCACGUGGUAUAGUGUUCGUAAAGACGAGAAAUGUGGCCGUGGCAAUCCUCAGCUGGAUGGAGGAGACACCAUUCCUGAGGUAGUUAAAUCCUAUAGUGUUUGCUGGAAUAAUCAUGGCUGCUGAUAAAAGAGAUAUGACUAAACCUGGGCAAUUUGAUGUACUAGAGUAUUUCCGAAAUGGGAAGCAGCACAAGUUGAUAAUAGCUACUUCAGAGGAAGGUAUCGAUAUUUCCAAGUGUAAUCUUGUCAUCAGAUAUGACCAUGUGACCAACGAGAUAGCCGUGGUACAGCCCAGAGUUCCAGAUGAACUGCUAAAUCCACGUGAUGUAGACCUGUACAUAAAAGCUAUUGAAGAAGGCAAGGAAAGAGACAGACUUGUCCGGGUAAUGGUUGUUGGCCACUUUGCACAAGGAAAAACAACACUCACUAGAAGGCUUUUUGGACAGUCAGUGGAAGGUGUUGAAAGUACGAAUGGCAUUGAGGUACAUAGCAAACAUUGUGAUAAAAAUGGAACUCACUGGAAAAAUAAACCAUCGUUAGAACAUGUAGAUGAUAUGACAUGCCGGCUUGUCAACGUGGCAUCAAAAUUAAUGAAUACAGAUGAACAACAUUUUGGUGAUUCUACAGAUAUCACAAUUGAAAGUAAUGGACCUGUGGCACGUUCAAAUGAACCUGUCGUAGAAAAUAGUAGUACUACCUCAUCGGAGUCUGAAUAUGACGCUAACUCACUUGAGUCUAAACAUGAUGCUAAGUCAGUAGAAUCUAAAUAUGAUAAAAAUCUAGUUGCACAGUUUGCACAGAAAAUGAAUGCGAGCAAAACGUGUUCGUCUGCCGCUAUGGAUCAGGAUGACGCUAUUGAUAUAAAUGUUUGGGAUUUUGGAGGUCAGUUUGUCUAUUAUGCAACGCAUCAAAUAUUUCAUUCAAAGAACGCCAUCUACCUUUUAGUUUUCAACCUAAAAGAAUCUUUUGAAAGCAUGUUAAUUGAUGAAGAUUUCCCAAAUAACAAAUACACAAUGAAGAGCUGUCUCGAAUUUUGGUUGGAAUCUGUACAUUCUUUCGUAGGAUCGAAUGACGGAAAAGAACCUACGGUUAUAUUAGUUGGAACACACAAAGGGGGUUGUGAUUGAAAGGAAAAUGAGCAACUUGAAGCAGUAAAGGACAUAGCAUGUGCAACAGGAACGAUAAACUAUAUCUACCCAACACAGUUUGCAGUGGAAUGUAUGGAUCUUUGGAACUGUUGAGAUGCGUUAUAAAUAAACUUGGGCAAGAGAAAACCCAGCACAGAAUGAUUCCAGCUAAAUGGAUUCCCUUAGAAAAGAAGUUGUUAGAUAUAAGGAACAAGAAAAUUGUACGACUGGUAGAUAUAAUGAAGAUUGAUUCGGAAAACAGUCACCCUAUUCAAGAUGAAGAACAAAUCAAAUUAUUCCUGAAGUACCACCAUGAAAAGGGGGGUUUGAUCUUCUUUGACGAAGAAAAGCUUCACGAGUUUGUUGUUCUUGAUCCACAAUUUCUAAUUGAUGCAUUUAAAUGCAUCAUCACGUCUCAACGUUUCUAUAGAUGGAAGCCAGAUCUCAAAGAUCUUGGUGAAAAGCUCAUGAACAGUGGUAUUCUUGAAAUGGAUCUUUUGGAUGAAAUAUGGGGAAAUGACGAAACAAGUCAAUUCUACAGCUUUAAGGAUGUUCUAUUGGCAUUCAUGCAAAGACUAAGAAUAUUGGCAGAGAUGAAGGACGUCACUGACACUACAAGAGCAGAACAUGUGGAGAGAACUUUCCUGGUUCCAAGUCUUCUGAAGGGACAAGCUGAUGAAAAAGUGAUGGACGCAUUUCUUCCUCCCUGUAAAAGGAAGUCGAACAUUUCGCUUAUUUUAAAAUUAGAGAACAUCUCAGUUUUGCCACUCAUAUAUCAAAGAGUCACGACUGCAGCACUUGCAAAAUGGCCGCCAAUUUAUUUUCCUGACAGGAAUCCACUGUUAUUCCGAGGUAUCGGUGUGUUCUUGUUGAAUUAUCAGCAUGCCGGUUUGAUAGCUGUACACAGUGGUGGCUUAGAGAUGGCGGUGGUCAAUUUGUGCCCCGAAGGUCCAGUGGAUGCAGCAGUUUGUGAUCAGUUUCGGAGAUACAUCGAGAUGGUUGUAUUGCAUGAGUUUGAAAAAUUUUCAAGUGGUUCAGAAAAAGAUCUUUAUGAAUACUAUUUACAAUGCAACCAUUCUGAACACGGGCGUAAAGGCAGCCGAAAUGUGCAUGACUUAAAGAAAGUCAAGUGUUGCCAAGAGGUGUGUUGCCCAGAUUAUGGCCAUCACGUUGUGAAUUUGAGGGAAAGCAUCGGCCAGUGGUUUAAGAAAGAAAAUGUGUUGCCAGAUGACGAUAUACCAGAUCGAGAACUUACAGACAAAGCGCUUAGUAAAAUAGCGCAGGCAAUUGGGAAAAACUGGAAAUUACUUGGAAUCGAUCUUGGGCUCGGGCAAGAUGAUGUUGAUCGUUGCGAAAUAGAUAACCUUACUUCAGGAGUCAAAACUACAAUUUAUUACAUUCUGAAAGAAUGGAGGACAAGAUAUCCCGAGCAAAAUUCAAUGAAAUUUUUGAUCAGACAGAUGAAGGAAUGUGAGGGACUCACGGUAAACUGGGACAAAAUCAACAACAUAAUCGACAACUUCUGAUGACCAUACGUGUUGAAAUUGUCGCAGAUUUGGUGGUCCAUAUUUCUAGAAUAUUUUCGAAACAGAUGAUUUAGCUUGUUGCACUUUGACUAGUUUGCUUUAAAAACUUAAUUUGUUAAACGGCACUUUAUCCGAGGGAGAGUAAUCCAACGUUAUGAGAAGAAAUUUCGUCUUAGAUUAUUUCCGUUCUUGAACCCCCUGGUGCAAAGACCCUGAAGACAUAUACAUUUGUAUAGUCUUAUCUGUUCGUCCGUUCGUCACUCAGUCCGUAGGUCACACUUUCUUGGGUAGUCGACUCCUUCUACAGCCUACAGUCUUUAUCGCAUUUAAGUGAAAAAUUAUAUACGUCGUCAAUAUGAGUGAACAUAUACAUAUUGUCAGGACUUUCAUGUCCGAUUUGCUUUUAUUUAUGCCCCUUUUUGAAAAGAUGGUUUAUAUCACAAUGAAGAGAACAUAUACGUAUUCUCAAGACUUUCUUGUCAAAAUUUGUGUUACACAUAUCCUAAGUGUAUUUGACUUUGAGUAAUGCUUCGCAGCAUGUGAAACUUCGAAAAAUAUUUGACAUAGAAUGUUCAUCAAAUUUUAAGGGAACUUGGUAUACAUCGUCGCCUUGAAGUUGACAAGCGCAUAUUAUUGGAUUUUCAUGGCAGAUAAUAAUUGUUUAUUGAGUUAUUAAUUUUAUUCUGUCAAGAAUUUUCAGAUGACAUGUAAAAUACACAAUGUGUCAUUAUUUUUGUUUCGAAUUUCAAGUAAAUCAGAGUUUUUGAAUUUGUACAUUUAUAAAUUGAAUACAUUGUAAUUUAUGUAUAUAAUAUGUUUUAAUAAUCACUGAUAUUUGUAUGAAGGCGAGUAACCAGUACAGCAAAUAAAACAAUGUCUUUUAUACACUAUUCAUGUCCCUUUCCCUUUUAGUGCAAAGGCAGUUUGUCCAUCAAUCCGCCUGUCAGUCCGUCCAACAAAAUUUGUGUAGCACAUUGGCGAUAUAUGACCUUUUCGUGUUGGUUCGCCAUUAAACCCAACUCUUUCAUUAAUUAUGUAGCACCUAUCUUAAAACGUUUUUACCUAAAGUCAUCAGACAUACUACUAGUAUUAAGCAGCAUGUAAAUCUUUGGUUUCGUUCCUGAUUACACUUGGACCAGGGUUACGGCCCUUGACAUAGUCAAAAUGUACCUAGAACUUUUAUCUCAAAGUACUAAUCUAGAGUCAUGGAACUUUAUUGGAAUGUUAUAUCAAAUUAAGCACCAUGGGCUUUCUUUGUUGUUUCAUUCAGUAAGACCAGAGUUAUGACCCUUAACUUAGUCUAAAAUAAGCUUUUUAGAUAUUUGUUAUGACAGUAUUUGACAAAGAAUCAUGAAAUUUUACAGGACCGCUUACUUAUUCAAAAUUAGAUUAUUAAUGAAAGGUUUUAUCAUUAAUUGUCAUAGUAUAAAUAGGGAACGAUAACGAAAACAUUAUCGGAAAAGUCGAUUAUGUCUUUAUUGGUAAUUCAGGUUUACUUCAUGGUAAAUCAGGGUUUUCUAUCUAUAGUCAGUACGAUUCAAAAUUAGUACAACUAUUUCGUCACGGAUAAUGGUUUCACUACCCGAUUCCCCUUUUCUCAAUAGUAACAUUAACAUGUUAUUGUUACAAAUACCGUGCGAGAGUAGUAGAAAUAUUAAUAAAUCCGUUGUUUAUAAAUACCUUCCUUUAAGGCUUAGAUAUUGAAUAGUGAAAAAAAAUACAAUUAUGCAUAGCACAGCGUAUAUGUGUAAGAUAGGUCCAGCCGAUGGUUUGUUAAUUUGUCUUGCAGAUUGUUUUUAAAUGUAUAUGUACCUCCCCUGAAUUAAGCACAAUCACAGUUUAUACUUGAUGCAUUUAUGUAAAUAUGUACCAGCAAAGUCAGUAAUGCUGUAUGGGUUUCAAUCACAUGGUGUAUUGGUUGCUACGCCUUGCAACUAGCUCUUUACAUGGUUGUAACUGUAGCAUAAUUAAUGACCUUGUUACCAAUUUUAAGAUAAAAGUUAAACUUAAUAAUUUUUUAUUCUUAUUCAAAACUGUGUCUGUUUUCCUAAAUGGGUAUUGCUUGCUUUUUUUAGAAUUCUAAUAUUCUUUGAAUCCUGCAGAGACAAAGCAUGUGCAGGAAAACAUUUACAUGCAAUGUUUACAUUAUAUAAAGAAAUAUCUCUACAAUGUG